GGCGGGGCUAAAAUGAAACCACUGGGUGUGACCUAGGAGAAGGAAGGGGAGCCUCUGGUGGGGACCUUCCUAGGGUCCUUUUCCCUUCGUGGGGUACUAUGGAGUUCCCAGAACACAGCCAGCAGCUGCUGCAGAGCCUCCGAGAGCAGCGGUCCCAGGGUUUCCUUUGUGACUGCACCGUGAUGGUGGGUAGCACCCAGUUCUUGGCCCAUCGGGCUGUGCUGGCCUCCUGCAGCCCAUUCUUCCAGCUUUUCUACAAAGAGCGGGAACUGGACAAGAGGGAUCUGGUGUGCAUCCACAAUGAGAUUGUCACGGCCCCAGCCUUUGGGCUGCUUCUGGACUUCAUGUAUGCUGGCCAGCUGGUCCUGAGGGGGGAUACCCCUGUGGAGGAUGUGCUGGCUGCUGCCAGCUACUUGCACAUGAAUGACAUUGUUAAAGUGUGUAAGCGGCGGCUGCAGGCCCGGGCCCUGGCAGAGGCAGACAGUACCAAGAAGGAGGAGGAAACCAGCUCACAGCCCCCUAGUUUGGAGUUUUUGUCCACUUCCCGUGGCCCCCAGCCUUCGUUGGCAUCUGCCGAGACGUCAGGCAAUUGGGGCAAAGGGGAAUGGAAGGGCCCUGCAGCUCCCUCUCCAACUGUCUGUCCUCCAGAUGAGCCACCAAUGCCUGGGGGGGCUGACACUACACAGCCCGGCAUGGAGGUCGAUGCACCACAUCUACGGGCACCUCCUCCACUAGUGACUGAUGUCUCUCUUGCCAGCCCCAGUAGCUCCACAGAGACCAUUCCUGCAAACUACUUCUCUCCGGGCCUUCCAGCAGUUUCGGUGGAGCCGCUAGCUCCCCUUGAUGUGGGUACUGAGAGUCUGAGGAUGGUGGAACCAAGGGGUGCUGGGGGACCACUGCAAGGCUUCUAUCCUCCGGCUCCAGCAGCAGCCCCAGUCCCAGCCCCAGUUCCAUCGCAGGCUCCAGCGCCAGUGGAAGCUGAGCUGGUCCAGGUGAAAGUAGAAGCUAUUGUGAUUUCUGAUGAGGAGCCCGAUGUGUCCGAGGAACAGCCUCAGGGGCCUGAGGGACUAUUCCCGCCCGGAGGGGCAAUGUAUGGUGGACAGCCCCCUCAGCCAGAGGCUUUUGAGGAGCCAAGAGCGGCAGGACUGGAAGAGGUGGGGCCAAGUGAGCACUUCCUGCCCCCAGAUUCUCACCUACCCUACCAUUUGCUGCCAGGUCCAGGGCAGUAUCCUCGAGGACUGGUGACAUCGCCCCUGCCUGCGCCCCCAGCCCUGCAUGAGCCACUUUACCUGCCUUCCGAAUAUGAAGCAACCCCGGGAAGCUUUGGGGUUUUUACUGAGGAUGUGCCCACUUGCAAGACAUGUGGGAAGACCUUCUCGUGUUCUUACACACUAAGGCGACACGCCACAGUGCACACGCGCGAGCGCCCCUACGAGUGUCGCUACUGCCUACGCAGCUACACGCAGUCAGGGGACCUGUACCGACAUAUCCGCAAGGCUCACAAUGAGGACCUGGCCAAACGCAGCAAACCGGACCCAGAGGCCGGCCCCCUCCUAGGAGUGCAGCCCCUCCAUGGCUCCCCUACAGCAGACAAACAGAACAGCAGUGGUGGAGGGCCACCCAAAGAUUUUGUACUGGGUCCCAAAAACUGACAUCUGCAGGAGCAUCAUAAGCUGAUGCUAGGCCUGCUGUUGCCAUCGUUAGGGGGCAGCAGAGACUGGAAGCUUCUCCUUUUCCCUGCAGGGGGAGCAGAAUGAACCUCCUGCCCAGGCUGAAGAUUGCCACCAGUUUUUCUUUACCCAGCCAGACAGCAGGACUUUCUGGGGCAGUGCAUCUCAGUCAGCUCCUCUCCAAGGGCACUGGGAAUCUUUCUGAGCUGUAAUCGCUUGCCACCCUGCCUUCUGGACCA